AUGCCGGCCAACUCGGAGAAGCAGCACUUGUCGAUUGUGAUUUGUGGUCAUGUCGACAGCGGCAAGAGCACCACCACGGGACGCCUGAUUUUUGAGUUGGGUGGCCUGCCCGAGCGCGAGCUCGAGAAGCUGAAGGCGGAGGCCGAUCGAUUGGGCAAGGGCUCUUUCGCUUUUGCCUUCUUUAUGGACAGGCAGAAAGAGGAACGCGAGCGCGGUGUGACCAUCUCUUGCACCACCAAAGAGUUCUUCACAGAGAAGUGGCACUACACUAUCAUUGAUGCCCCUGGUCAUCGUGACUUCAUUAAGAACAUGAUUACGGGCGCCUCCCAAGCAGAUGUGGCACUGAUCAUGGUGCCCGCAGAUGGCAACUUCACAACUGCCAUCGCAAAGGGAAAUCACAAGGCCGGUGAGAUUCAAGGUCAGACUCGACAGCACUCUCGACUGAUCAACUUGCUGGGUGUGAAACAGAUUUGCAUUGGAGUGAACAAGAUGGACUGCGACACCGCGGGCUACAAGCAGGCCAGGUAUGAUGAGAUCGCCAAUGAGAUGAAGAGCAUGUUGGUGAAGGUGGGAUGGAAGAAGGACUUCAUUGAGAAGAACACACCUGUCAUGCCGAUUUCUGGCUGGAUGGGUGACAACCUCCUGAAGAAGUCCGACAACAUGGCGUGGUGGAAGGGUCAGGACGUGGAGGUUGGCAGCGAGACUAUCCAUGUGGACACAGUCUACGAUGUGCUCGACAAAAUGUGCCGAGUGCCUGAGCGUCCCGUGAGUGCCCCCAUGCGCAUGCCCAUUUCUGGAAUCUACAAGAUCAAGGGCGUGGGUGAUGUGCUGGCCGGACGUGUUGAGCAGGGUGUGGUGAAACCUGGUGAGGAGGUUGUGUUUUUGCCAACUCACACGGCCUCCAACCCUUGCACCGGCAAGGUUUUCACAGUGGAGAUGCACCACCAGCGAGUGGAUUUUGCAAACCCCGGCGACAACGUGGGUUUGAACAUCAAGGGCCUGGACAAGAACAACAUGCCCCGCUCCGGAGAUGUGAUGGUCUACAAGAAAGAUACCACCUUGGGCCAGACCAAGGAGUUCGAUGCGCAGAUCCAGGUGCUGGACAUCCCCAAUGAGAUCAAGGUGGGCUACUCGCCAAUUGGUUUUGUGCGCUGCGGCCGUGCCGCGUGCCGCGUCUCGGCCCUCAAGUGGAAGAUGGGCAAGGAGACAGGCGGCAAGAAGAUGGAGGACCCCCACUCUUUGAAGUCCAACGAGAUGGCGCAGUGCAGCUUCCAGCCCCAGCAGCCUUUGGUGUGCGACACCUUCAAGAACUGCGAAGGCCUCUCCCGUGUUGCCUUCAUGGAUGGCAACGGCGUGGUGAUGCUGGGCAAGGUGGUCAGCUGCGAGCGCAAGGGCGAGGACGACAAGGGUGGUAAGAAGAAGUGA